AAAUCAAGAAAGGGAAAAAGAGACUCAAAGUCAAAACUGGGUUGUAGCAAUUUCUCUCUCCAAACACACACACACUUCAUUCCCUUUGAUUUCAUUCCUUUCUUUCGCCACUUUCUUUCUUCCCAGAUUGGGGAACUCUUUUUUUGUCAACAGGACUUCCAAUCUCUGCGGCGCGAGGUAAUAAAGCAGUGAUGCAUGUACGGGUCUCAGCUUGAAGCGUUGAUUUUGGAGAUUUUCGAGUGUCGAAUAUGGAAGAUGCCAGUCCUAGGACGGAUACGUCUACUGAUGCUGAUACGGAAGAAAAAAUGUUGAGAGAUCAACUACAGGGAAUAGGUGCUUCCGAUGGAAGUGAUAAGUCGAGAGAUCAAAAGACUCUCCGUAGGCUUGCUCAAAAUCGGGAAGCUGCAAGGAAAAGCCGCUUGAGAAAAAAGGCCUAUGUUCAACAGCUAGAAAGCAGCAGAAUGAAGUUGACACAACUCGAGCAAGAGCUUCAACGAGCUAGGCAGCAGGGGAUAUUUAUUUCAAGCUCGGGAGAACAAUCUCAAUCGAAUGGUGGAAACGGUGCCAUGGCCUUUGAUGUUGAGUACGCGAGGUGGCUGGAGGAGCACAACAAGCGGAUUAACGAGCUUAGAGGUGCUGUCAAUUCUCACGCGGGCGAUGGUGAGCUCCGCAUAAUCGUCGACGGCAUUGUGUCACAUUAUGACGACAUCUUUCGGAUAAAAGGUGAUGCUGCAAAGACCGACGUCUUCCACAUCUUGUCGGGCAUGUGGAAGACGCCUGCUGAGCGAUGCUUCCUCUGGCUAGGCGGCUUCCGCUCGUCCGAACUUCUCAAGCUUCUAAUUAAUCAGUUAGAGCCAUUGACUGAGCAGCAGUUAUUAGCUAUCAACAACUUGCAGCAGUCGUCUCAGCAAGCCGAAGACGCUCUGUCUCAAGGAAUGGAAGCGCUGCAGCAGUCGUUGGCCGAGACAUUAGCUGGUUCCCUCGCUCCAACGGGCUCGUCUGGAAACGUUGCCAACUACAUGGGUCAAAUGGCGAUGGCGAUGGGCAAGUUGGGAACUCUCGAGGGCUUCAUUCGCCAGGCGGAUAAUCUGCGGCAGCAAACUCUCCAACAAAUGCACCGGAUACUAACAACUCGUCAGUCAGCCCGAGCUCUCUUGGCUAUCAGCGACUACUUCUCCCGUCUCCGGGCCCUGAGCUCCCUCUGGCUGGCGCGUCCCCGGGAAUAACGUUGGUUAGUAGUUUAGAUGGGAGAUGAGGGAUCUUGUGGUUCUUGCCUUAUUGAAGCAGUGGGAGUUGAGGGUGAUUUAUUUCAAAAUGUAACAUUUAGCUUCUGCAAUUGUACUGCAUGUAUAAUUUCUCCCCCCAUUGUAAAAUUUGUAGCAUUUUCAGUUGUAAGUGUUUGUUUCAACAGUUUAGCUUAAUAUAAAUUCAAGAAUUGGUUGAUUGUA